AUGGCAAUGGCAGCGGAGGGCGAUGCGAGGAAAGGCGUCCCGUCCUUGCUCUCCUCGCAGCCCGGGGAGGAGUGCAUUGCCUCCAACAUCACCCAGCUGAUAGGUUGGACGCCACUGGUAGAAAUGAACAACAUUGGUAAAAGAGAGGGCAUAGAAGCACGGAUGAUUGAAGAUGCAGAGAAAAGGGGCCUCAUCUCACCUGGCGUUACGACACUGAUUGAGCCGACAAGCGGCAACCUCGGUAUUGGAUUAGUGUUCAUUGCUGUCCAGAAAGGCUACCGGUUCAUUGCUGUUAUGCCGGCUAAGUAUUCACUUGACAAACAGAUGCUGUUAAGAUUUUUGGGCGCGGAAGUAGUACUAACAGAUCCUGCAGUUGGGUAUGAUGGAAUGGUCGACAAGGUGGAAAAGCUGCUUAAGACCAUACCAAAUUCAUAUUUUCUGAAUCAAGCAACUAACCCAGCAAAUCCAGAGGCACACUUCAAAUGGACAGGACCCGAGAUAUGGAAAGACACAGCAGGCAAAGUGGAUGUUUUUGUGGCGUCAGUUGGUUCAGGAGGCACAUUGACAGGCGUAGGAAGGUACCUGAAGAUGAAAAAUCCAUCAGUAAAUAUAGUGUGCGUCGAGCCUGCAGAAAGUGCUGUAAUUUCAGGUGGCGCACCGGGGAAACACCAGAUCCAGGGCACGGCGCCAGGUUUCAUACCCGAAGUCCUGGACACUUCAAUCAUCGAUGAGGUUGUGACGGUGACCACAGAGGAAGCCAUGGUGAUGGCAAGAAGGCUGGCCAAGGAGGGGCUGCUUGUCGGCAUAUCUUCCGGUGCAAAUGUCGCUGCUUGCCUGAAGGUAAAAUGCUCGAAAUCUCAGCAAGUGGUGUACUCCUCUUGGAUUUGA